AUGGCUCGCUCAUCUCCUAGAGUCGAAAGCUACAUGCAAAUCGUCUUUCUAGUCUCAGCUGCUUCUCUUCUAUUUCCAAUCAUAACAAGCGUCUUAGUAACCCCAUCAAAGGUGAAAACCAAAGGCAUGUCCCUCACUGGUUGCAUUCAGCUUCUGGGAUUCUGUGUUUUCGAGGCAUGCGUUGGAAUCUUCUGGCCUUCAAUCAUGAAGAUGAGAUCACAAUACAUUCCUGAAGAAGCACAAAGCACCAUCAUGAAUUUCUUCCGGAUACCACUGAACAUUUUCGUCUGCGUUGUCUUGUAUAAUGUUAACGCGUUCCCGAUCACCAUUAUGUUCGGGAUGUGCUCUAUCUUCCUCUUUGUAGCUUCCAUAUUACAACGGAGGCUUAUGGUCAUCUCUGACAAACCCAAAGCAGAGGAUUGGAUUCCCAUGAAGGAUCGAAACUCAGAAACUGAGCCACUCAAUCUCUAA